GUGUCACUUGCGUGUUCCCCAUUGAUCUGGCCAAAACCAGGCUGCAGAACCAGAGACAAGGUCAGCAGGCCUACAAGAGCAUGAUGGACUGCCUCAUCAAGACGGUGCGUUCUGAGGGGUAUUUUGGAAUGUACAGAGAAAUGUAUUUGAAGCCGCACUGUUUUUGCUGAACCGCGAGAGAACGUUGUGAUGAGGCACCAAGUGCGCGAUCACGUAAGAACCUUUAAACGGGUCACCUUGUAUGGGUCGUUACUUGCCUACCACAGCAAUGUGGGAACUGUGUAACUAGCCUGUGCACUUGGCGGGGGAUGUUGUGUAGAGGUACCUGUGCCACAGUGAUCAAAAUAUCUACAUAUCUAGAGGGGUGGAAAUCUGGGAUUGAGAGACAUUUUGACAUAAACAGACUAAUUUAGCCACAAUUUAGCUCAGGCCCUCACCUGGAUAUAGCCUGGGUCUGUCCUAGUCAGCUGGAAACCUUUCACUUCUCAACCAAAAACAUAUAGGGUUUUCACCUGAACAUCUAGGUAUCUAGAUGUAUCAAGCUAGGUGAAAACCUAUACCUGGUUGGCGAGGGUUGCCCCCCGACUACGACACGCCCUUGUGUAUGAUGUUAUGUACAGGUGCCUGUUUGUAGGUGAGGAAUGCUGUUGUCUGCAUCUGUGUUUUUCGUGUUACAGACCUCGGUCCCCUGGAAGGCUAGCCGAUUUAAGGCGCAGCCACGCUGGAGGCAAAAUCAUUACAUGGUUCUUACCACGCUACCACUCUAUUACAAUUAGGCACAACACGUUGAUAACGUUUUUUUUUGUUUUUGUUUGUUUGUUUAUUUGUUCGUUUUCUUCUCCGGUUUUUGCUCUUUGCCCACUCCAUGGCCCCAGACCUCUGUUUCUUUCCUCUCUUGUUUGUCCACUAACACCUCUGACAUAACAGUAUCUUGUAUUCUAAUCUGUGUAACUGUGAGGUUUCGUAAUGUGGUUUUUCAACUGUCUGUCUUUCUCAUCCUGUUUAACCACCAUAGAUUCUGAGGGCAAGGGUCACACUCACUCAUUUGUUCAAAUGUGUCAAUUCUCUCUCAAUUCUCUAAAACGCCUGACUGUGUCUUUCCCAUCGCUGUGCUCUUUCUAAUCCUUAUUUACCAUGCUGACCUCCUCUUCCUCCUCCUCCUCCUGUCUUUAGGUCUUUUAUUGUUAUCCUUAUUUUAUUUUACUUGAUUUGUUUUAUUUAUAUUAACGUCUUAUACGUGUGAAAUCCCCCUCCAUGAUCAUACCACUUCUGCAUACCCGAUCCGUUGAACUUGUCGUACAGUAGAACAAGCAUACGUCUUCAUCCAAAAAACAUACACGUUUCAUUUUUGGUUUGGUUUGAUGGUGGCGGGGAAUGUUUUUUAUUUCUUUUUUAGUGUCAUUGUAAAACUGUGCUUUUCUGACGUUUCACAAUGUUCCGGCUCGUGAGUUCAUUUGGAAAAUUAUUUUUUUAGGCGCAGCGGUUAAUCUGACCCUGGUCACCCCGGAGAAGGCCAUCAAACUGGCUGCCAACGACUUCUUCCGUCACCACCUCGGGAAAACCGGGAAGGGACUGAAUGUGUUUAAGGAGAUGUUGGCGGGGUGUGGAGCUGGAAUGUGCCAGGUCGUCGUCACCACCCCCAUGGAGAUGCUCAAGAUCCAGCUGCAGGACGCGGGGAGGCUGGCCAGUCAGCCGGCGGUGGUCUCCUCUCUGAAGCUGGGCGGCGGGGCUGCGGUGCCGAGCAGGGCCUACAACGCGGGGCUGAGCUCCGUUCCCGCGGCGAGGGCGGUGUCGGCCACCCAGAUCGCCCGCGAGCUGCUGCGCUCCCAGGGCGUCUCGGGCCUGUACCGAGGACUGGGGGCCACGAUCAUGAGAGACGUUCCGUUCUCCAUCGUGUACUUCCCGCUGUUCGCCAACCUGAACCGGCUGGGCGCGGACUCCCCGAACGGCUCCGCCCCCUUCUACUGGUCCUUCCUGUCCGGCUGUGCCGCGGGAUCCUUCGCCGCCGUGGUGGUCAACCCGUGUGACGUGAUUAAGACCAGGCUGCAGUCUCUGAAUAAGGGAGCCAGUGAGGAGAGCUACAGUGGAGUCGUAGACUGCUUCAGUAAGAUCCUGCGGAGGGAGGGGCCGAGGGCCUUUCUGAAGGGGGCGGGGUGUCGAGCUCUGGUCAUCGCCCCGCUCUUCGGCAUCGCCCAGGUCAUGUACUUCGUGGGAGCGGGAGAAUUCAUCCUGGACAACAACCCCUUCAGAAUUUACUCCCACAGCGUGGUUUAACGCCCAGGGACCCGGGCCCAAAAACCCAGGAGGCUGCUGGUUCUACUCCCAGAGGGACACCCUGGUGUAUGGCACUUAGGCUGUGAAUAUCUACCUGUAUAAAUGUAUAAUGUGUAAAAAUGUAAAUGUGUAUAAGAGCCUCUUCUGAUGUAGUAUAAUGUGCACCCCAUCAAUCCCUAAGAAUGUGGAGUUUCUACACUCAGACUCUCACUAAAACCAGCAGAGCAGCAAACAGUAUCAACUGAUGAGCUAAAAAGAACUCCAGCUUAUGUCAGCUUGAAAAUUGAGCCGGUAAAUCUGGCCACAAGCUGGUCUAGCUUGGUAUGAGCUGGUCAACCAACAUGGCUAAGCUGGUCAUAAGCUGGUCUAACUGGGUUUGAACUGGUCUACCAGCUAGUGCUGUUUCAAAACAUAGUUUGAGCUGGACAAACCGUGUCAAGCUGUGUCAAACUGGGAGCUGGUCUGAACAGGUUUGAACUAGCUACCGGCCCUUUCAAAACCUAGCCUCAGUUGUUUUUUCAGCAGGACAGCCUGAGGAGAUGAUGUCACAGAGCGGUCGCAGGAAGUGGGGUUUAGAGUUCAGCCCUGGCCCUGGUCUCUAGAUCUGAAGCAUUCACGUGGACCUAACGCCCUCAUCACUGCGGACCCCAAAGCAACCCUGCCUGUUUCUAGAACGUUCCUCUGAAAUGUUCCCUCUGUGAGGGAAGCGACUCGAUGCGGUUGCUCAUCACAGUCAACGAAAUGACUGAAGAGUUUCUCACCCGUCUCGCCACUUUAUUGUGCUGGGUUUGUUAUCCGCUGUGGGCAGGGAACAUCAAAACACUGGCCAUAGCUGACCGUAUGAUUUUAGCACUAGUGAACUGAGUGAUUGGUGAAAAUCAGUGAACCUUGGAAUGAUGCUUGAAUUAUUAACACUUAAAAACAUUUCAGAUGUAUGUGUGUACAUAUAUGUGUAUUUUUUUGUUUGUUUGUUUUUUGUUCUUUUUCCAAAUAUAUAUUUGUAUGUGCAAAAAAAGACCAAAUGACUGCCACUUCUAUGCAGUUGAGAGGUGGGACGUCCAGGGUUCAGAAAGUAAAGGUUCUGCCAGGUGUUCCUUCCACACAAGACACUGAACCUGCAGAUUUCACUAAUCAGUUCCACCUCCUGGCUGAAUAAUUGUUAAUAAUUGCUAAUGAUUAAAUCCAGGUAGUUGGAACCAAAUACUGGGGAGGACUUUUACUUUCUGGACCUGGAUUAUCCCCCUCAGAUGCAGUUCCACUCAAGCCAGUCGGUCUUUUUUGGGAUGAUGGGAGUUUCAAGUCCUACAAUUUCACCCUUGGUGUAACAUGGAUCAGAGUUUGAAACAGAGGGACCAAAUUUGGUAUGUCGGAUGGGCUUCCUUCUGUGACCGAGGUCCACACAGUUCAUCCCUGAAAUAUGCAUUUCUAAUCGCAAGUGUUUCCUAAACUUAUUCAGGCUUCAAGCAUUUCACAUGCACAGACUAUGAGUUGGUUUGUGUAUUAGAUGCCUGUAAUAGCCUAUACGAUGCCUAAAGUAUCACACUUAAUAGGCUUGACUAAUGUGAUAUGAUUUAAACAUUUCAAUGCAAUGUUCGAAGACUAAGUUUAAAAGACGGAAGUGCUUUUCUGUGUUUAUUGGUACUGUUGGUGUUCCGGAAAGAUCGGUGAAAGAAACUGUGAUGUUUAACAUUAAGAGCAGGAGUGUGAAGCUGACUGAAUGGUUCCCCUGUUACAUUUCACACCGGAACCGGCCAACAUGCAGCUGGGUUACAGUUGAAACACUUUUUAAAUGUUUUUAUUUAUUUAAAACUUUUUUCAAAGAGCCUUGACUGUCUUCAUGAAUUUAUAUAUUGCAAUAAAAUAUUUUCUACACCA